CACAGUGACACAUUGUUUCUGUGAGGCUUGAACACCUAACGUAGAUGUUGUACUACCUCACUAGUCUCCAGCACACAGCCAGCCUCGGCUAUCAUCAUGGAGACCUCUUUGUCUGUUCUUCAGCAACAGAAACCAACUGUUCAGUCCAAGGAAAAGAAUCAGAGAUCCUUGAGUUUUCAAGAAAUAAGCAGAGGCUUCUCGAACCUCGCUCGUCGCAACUCUUUGCGAAGGACUCUUGGGAGACCCAACACCCUGUCAGACGGCCACCCACACACGCUGAAUAAGACGCUGGCGGUUUCUGAUGGAGAACUAAAUAUGUUGGACUCAGAUGAGCGGGCAGGGACUCAGUACUCCUGCAGCAACUCCAGUCUGCCCACUGUACCCAGUGAAGGAUCCACAGGGGUGGGCAAGGUGGCCAGCUGGGCUGUUAGCUUUGAGAGGUUGCUGGAGGACCCGAUGGGCAUUCGCUACUUCACAGCAUUCCUCAAAUCCGAGGUCAGCGCUGAAAACAUUUUAUUCUGGUUGGCUUGUGAAAAGUACCGCAAGAUUCCUGCCCAUCAAACUGAACAGCUGAAGAAAGAGGCUCUCUCGAUUUACAACAUCUACCUGUCCAGCAAUGCAACCUCUCCCAUCAACAUAGAUGACAGGGUACGAGUAGAAGAAAAAGAUGUGCAAAACCCCCAUCCUGAUAUCUUUCAAAAGGCCCAACAACAGAUCUUCAAGCUGAUGAAGUUUGACAGCUAUACUCGCUUUGUGCGCUCGCAGCUCUAUCAGAACUGCAUGCUGGCUAAUGUGGAGGGCAAGCCUCUGCCAGGGCUGGACUCUCGUGGCAAACCCCUCACUUUAGCCAAACCCACCAGCACUUCACCCAAAGGCCAAGUCAAAGCUGACAGCAGAACUAAAGAGAGAUUAAAGGUCAAGCCAGAGUCUGAAGAUGUGGUAGAGAGGAGGAAGGUCAAUCUGAUAGGAAAAGACAAACGCAAAGAGAAGAGAGAGUCAUGGGGAGAACAAACUUUUAGCUCCAAGACUGGACUGAAGAGUUCAGAGGCUGAAAAAUUAGUGGCUCGCUCUGCAGAAGGAAGGGUUGACAAAUAUUGCUGUGUGUUCUUACCUGACGGCACGGCCUCUCUCACCCCGGCCCGACCAGGACUCACUGUACGCGAUAUGCUCACUGGCUUGUGUGAGAAGAGACGCCUUCCUCUGUCAGAUAUCAUCAUCUAUCUACAAGGCAAAGAUAAGCAACCGCUAUCUCUGGACCAGGACAGUUCUCUGCUGAAGGACCAGCAGGUGUUUUUGGAACUGAGGGUAACAUUUGCGGUGAAGGUAGCUUUCACCGGUAAAACUGUGGCUGUUGUUGUGAAGUCCAAUAAGACGCUGCAGGACGCCCUCAACACAAUGCUUACUAAACACCGCCUCAGGCCACAGGACGCCACUGUUACCAUGAGUGGAAGUGGACAUGUAAUAAGUUUGAAUACACCGGUCACACUUCUAGCCAAUAAGACACUAAUUCUAGAUAAAGCUGUGGACAAGGCCAGCAGCUCGAAGGGCAUCACAUCACCACCUUCAUUACAUGAUCGGAGAGGUGGCGUUGAUUCAAACAUGUUCCCUACCGGGAUUUCCCGAUCAACCCCCAGACAGAGAAACCCUGGACUGAGGAAAACUUAUGACAUGGAGGGUCUGGUGGAGUUGAUGAACCGAGCCCAGUGCUGCAGCGCUGAUGAUCAGAGAGGUCUUCUGAAGAAAGAACAUCUGAUGCUCCCUCAGUUCCUUCAGUUACCUCUGGAGGAUGUUGAUGAAACAGAGACAUGCAAAUCACUGGAUGAGUCCUGUUCCAGUAUGAGCUCUCUCGAAACAGUUUCUCCUGCUGAACCAGACCCAUCGGAGAAAGGACCGUCGACCGAGAGCGACUGUUCAAACCCAGCUCGAGAAACUAUGGUGUGAAGUUAAUGGACCUGUUACACUGUUUGCUUCAAUAAUCCGUCACGCUGGGACAUGGAAAACACACAAUCUGUUUCAGUAAUGUGACAGCAGUGGCCUUUAAUGAUGAACACUUGUCAUUCAGGCUCUUUUGAUAGGAACAUCUGAUGAAAUAUUGUUUACAGAGGAUGUGAUUCUGCACAAUGUUAAUGUCCAGCUGCAUGUAUUUAUUUUAAAUUGAUUCACCUAACAACAAUACAUUGUAUCUGUUUUAAAUAAGACGCACGUUGCAUACUGCUGUAUAUUUACCAAAAAACAAAAUGGAAAGAGAAAAAUAAGAUAUGGUUUUGACUUAAGGACUUAAAAGAUUAAUAAUAGCAUGGUUUCUUUAAGAUACACUGUUAGAUUUGCCUCAUUCAGUAGUGAUGUGUCUUCGCUUUUCAAGACAUUCAAUUAUCCUGGGGCUAAAUAAAGAGAGAAUGACAGAAAUGGAAGGAGGCCGAAGCUUGAUGGUUACCUCUGGCUUUCUGCUAACUCAUAAAGCAUAAAUACUGCAUACAGACAAGCACGCUUACUUAAUGCAUGCUGUCCUCAGGACAGUCUUCACCCAGGACUCUUUGCUCUCUAUAUCCAUGGUCUCUGAAUUGUCAGCGGGUAGUGAUGAGGUAAUCGUCUGGUUUUAAAAAUCAGACACAAUCAGAAUGUCCUCAGUUGUCAAGAUGAGGCACAACCAGAAAGAGGAAGAAUUCAAAGGGAGAGAAUAAGAGAGA